GCUCGAUUGUGGAAUGCGUAAGCCGAACGUGUCCGCGUUUUGCAGAGGGAAUGGUGGAGGUGUCGAAGGAGGGGAAAUUCCUUCACAAUCUGUCUCCUGGCAAGGUCUUCGGGGAACUGGCCAUCCUCUACAACUGCAAACGGACUGCCACCAUCAAAGACCGACUUCCCUUCGACGACCUAGCGGCGACGGACUGUCGAUUGUGGGCGAUCGAACGACAAUGUUUCCAGACGAUCAUGAUGAGGACCGGCCUCAUUCGACAGGCCGAAUAUACCGCUUUCCUCAAAAGUGUGCCGACGUUCAAGAGCCUCCCCGAACAUACCAUAAUAAAGAUUGCCGACUCCCUCGACGAGAUCCAUUAUCGGCAAGGGGAUUACAUCAUCCGACAAGGUGGGCGAGGUGACACCUUUUUCAUCAUCUGCAAAGGACAGGUGCGGGUGACCAUGAAGCAAGCGGGAAGCAACGAGGAGAAAUUCAUCAGAAACCUCUUCAAGGGAGACUUCUUCGGAGAGAAGGCCCUACAAGGGGAGGACGUGAGGACGGCGAACAUCAUCGCCGACGGGAAGGAGGGAGUGAGAUGUCUAGUCAUCGAUCGGGAUACGUUCAAUCAACUCAUCUCCAGCCUCCCAGAUAUCAAGACUCGAUACGUGGACGAGAAUGCCAACCGUCGCAAGGUGCUCCCAGAGUUCGCCAACCUGAAGCUGGGUGACCUGAGGGUACUCACCACUCUGGGUGUCGGCGGAUUCGGCAGGGUUGAACUCGUUCAGAUCGCCAACGACCCCUCCAGGUCCUUCGCCCUCAAGCAGAUGAAGAAAGCACAGGUCCUGAUCGUGGAGACACGGCAGCAACAACAUAUCAUGUCCGAGAAGGAAAUCAUGGAGGAAUGCGACUGUGAUUUCAUCGUGAAGCUCUAUCGAACGUUCAAGGAUAACAAGUAUUUGUACAUGCUGAUGGGAUGCUGCCUGGGAGGCGAGCUGUGGACCAUUCUCAGAGACCGAGGGAACUUUGAUGACGCGACGACGCGCUUCUACACGGGUUGCGUCAUUCUAGCGUUUGAAUAUCUUCACGGCCGAGGGAUCAUCUAUCGAGACCUGAAGCCGGAGAACCUCCUUCUCGACACCAAGGGAUAUGUGAAGCUCGUCGACUUCGGCUUCGCAAAGAAGCUUCAGAUGGGGAGAAAAACGUGGACGUUCUGCGGGACACCGGAGUACGUGGCACCUGAGGUCAUCCUCAACAAGGGGCACGACAUCAGUGCUGACUAUUGGUCACUAGGGGUCCUCAUGUUCGAGCUUCUCACUGGAACACCACCUUUCACGGGCCCAGACCCGAUGCGGACGUACAACAUCAUCCUCAAGGGGAUCGAUGCCAUUGAAUUUCCACGAAACAUCACUCGCAAUGCUACUGCCCUGAUCAAGAAGCUCUGCAGAGAGAAUCCCAGCGAGAGAUUGGGUUAUCAAAAGGGUGGCAUCAAAGACAUUCAGAAGCACAAGUGGUUUGAUGGCUUCAAUUGGGAAGGCGUCUUGAAUCGUUCAUUGAAUCCUCCCAUCGUUCCACAAGUCCGUUCUGUGACGGACACCACCAAUUUUGAUCCUUAUCCACCCGACACAGACGGCCCACCGCCAGACGAUCUCUCUGGAUGGGAUAUCGAUUUCUGAGCCAAAAUGAUGGUUGUGCCCUAUUAAUGGAAUAUCGUGCAAUCAAGACAUCCUUUGACCUCAAUUGAGUGCCUUCAUUUCAUAUGCCAGCCUCCUAGAAAAAACUGUAUUUGGAACCAGUGAUUCUUGAAGGGACUCCUGAUCCGAUUUUCAAGAGAUUGAUUCAAAAAGCCCUGAUUGCUGAGAUAAUCUGUUCAAUUGAUAUAUAUGUCAAUGAUGUGGAAUCAUUAUUUCAAUAAAUCCUAUUUUAAUUA